UCAAAUCUUUGUUAUUCAAAAUCAUUAAUUUUCAUAUAUACUUUAGCCACAUUAGGCAAUUCUGUAAUCUUAUUUAAGGAAAUAAUGAAACAUAUUAAUAAUGUAUUUAUUGUGGUUUAAUAAAAAAAUUAUUAUACAUGUAGAUGGACCAACCUAUUUCUCUAAGGAUUCUAAGAAUCAUUCGAGUGAUGACACGUGACUACAAAAAAAUGUUGCAAUGAUUCUCAAAUAAGAUAUAGGGGAUAAACUCAAGAAAACUACAAGAGAGCUUGAAACUCAAACCUUUAAAGAUAAACAUUAGAAAAUGUACAAUAUUACACCAUUCAGCCUUUCGCAAAAUAUUUCAGUAGUCACUACAAUUAUGUUUUACUCAUGUGUAUAGAAUUUUAGAACAUUCAAUAAACAUAAUGUUACAAAACAUGUGUGGAUUGCUAUUAACCAAGCCAAAGGAAGAACGGACCGCGUCCGGCCCAAGACCAAGACCGCAUCCGCAUAGGAGAGCGAGGCGGCCAAAGAGUUGCCGACUUUAGGGAUUAGAAGUUUUCCUUUUCUUUUCAUGUUUAUCUUUAAGGAUAUUUCCUAUUUCCUUUUAGCUUAGGAUUUGUAUUCUUUCUUUUAUCCUUAUCUUGUAAUCCCUAUAUAAGGGAACACUUUGAUUCAGUAAUAUGACACCACGAUUUCCCCAUCUUUUACAACACGUUAUCAGCACGAUAGCCUCUAAAUCCCUGAGGCCAAAAUCGAAACCUAAAAAGCCUAAACCGGCGACUCAACCUAAAACCCUAGACGUUCUUUGUUCAUCCUGAAUCAUAGACGUCCUCAGCUCUUGAUCGCGUCCUCAGCUCGCACCCGAGAAGAACGCGUCCAGCAUCCGUCCGAGAACACCUCGCACCCGAGACAGCUUGCGUCCGUCCUCAGCUCGCAUCCGACUCCGUCUGCGACCCGAUAGGAGACAGCAAGCGUCCGUCCGUCUCAGCUCGAAGUUUCAUCCAUUCUCAGGUGGUCCGGUUCUAUACCUCUACGAAACAAAGGUAUAAACAUAAUCUGAGAACCUAGAUAAAGAACAUAAACCCUAAAUCCAUUAUUAUGGAAACUAUGCUCUUGAUGAAACCUAAAGAAACUACAAAGAUUAAAAUCUACAAAACUUAUAACUAGAAACAUAUAUGAUUCCACUAGAAUAUGAUUGAGUGUUUUGCCUGAUUAAAUCUGAAACAUGAGAAACCCUAAUGAAGGAAUCAAAACCCCUAAACCCUAAAGAAGCUAGAAUCCGAUUUUAAGAUUGUUCUUGUUUGAUUGAUUUCUUGAUUGAUCUGAGGUUUAGGAUUGUUAGAUUGAUUGAAAUAAUCUAACUAAGUAUUCAAAUACUUAAGGCCUUGAAACCUUAACUUAAGGUUGCUAGAGUUCAAGAUUGAAAACCCUAGUUUUAUAAAAGAAGUAAGAAUAGUUUGAUUGCUUUACAUGAAUCUUAACAUGGUAUUGCAUUCACACUAAUUAUAACAAGAUCGACCAGCAUAUAGAUCACACGAACUUAGGUUGCUUGCAUUAGUAGACCUAUAUGGCCAUGUGGCUUAUGAUUGAUAGCACCAUGGUCGAUUAGUAUUGUUUUGAAUAUCAUGAAUGCGUAAGACAUGUUGUGGCCGAGCUUGCUUAUUAUCAUGUGGCCACAUGAUUACAUUGUGAACCUGAAACUUUAAAUGAUAAUGCGAUUCAGAUGUCGAAAAUAGCAAACAGAGACUACGCAGCCCUUAAUCUCUCUGGAGACAAUUACUUACAGUGGGCGCUAGAUACAAGGAUCAGUUUAAAGUCUAAGAGACUUGGUGAUACGAUCACCGAGGACAACAAUGAGAAUGAAAAUAAUCGAUACAGGGCCAUAAGCUUUAUGCGCCAUCAUCUCAUUGAAGGUCUGAAAGAUCAGUACAUGACAAUUGAAAAUCCACUAGACCUUUGGAAUGCUUUAAAGCAUAGAUAUGAUCACCAAAAGAUGGUGUUACUUCCAAAGGCUAGGCACGACUGGAUGCAUCUAAGAUUCUUAGACUUCAAGUCCGUGGAUGAGUAUAAUUCAGCCUUGUUCAAAAUAGUUUCAAUACUAAGGCUUUGUGGUGAAGAAGUAUCCGAUGUGAUGAUGCUUGAAAAGACCUACACUACUUUCCAUAAGUCGAAUUCAGUAUUGCAAGAGCUGUAUAAAACAAAAGGUUUUGCCACAUAUACUGAUCUGAUCUCGUGUCUACUUUUGGCCGAGGCAAACAAUGAGCUCCUCAUGAAGAACAGUGAAGCCAGACCUGUCGGGACAGCACCAUUACCCGAAGCCCAUGAGGUUGAAAAGAAAGAUCCCAAAGAGAGCUACUACGCCCAAGACAACAGGAGACCACACGGCAAUGGCCGUGGUGGAUACAAGAGGUGUGGGCGUGACUACCCGAAUGGCCGAGACAACUACUCGACCGGCCGAAAAGGAAACCACAAUAACCGUGGUCGUGGUUCCAAUUACGGCCGGGUCCGAGGCAGUUAUGGCCGCGGACGAGGCGGCAUAUCUAAGCCGUCUUAAACGUCCAAGUCAGUAUGCCACAGAUGCGGGAUGGACAACCAUUGGGCCAAGAACUGUAGAACUCCGAAACACUUGUACGAUCUCUAUCAAGAGAGUCUCAAGAACAAGAACCCGGAGGCAAACAUGAUCCAAGAAACCGGUCAUGAUGACAAAGGAUAUGGAUAUGAUGCUGAUAAAGAAUCCGACCAAGAUGAUCUAAUGGACUUUGAAACUUCUGAUUGUCUCAAGGACUAGUUUUUGAAUCACUUGUCUUAUUGCUUUAUGUUUUGCUUUGGUUUUUUUAUUUUAUGUUAUGACAUUGAUAAUUAAGAGAGUUUUUAAAGAUCUUAUGAAGUCUCUAAGUUUAGAAAAUUUUAUUUAUAGAAUGAAUGAUGAGAUGAGUAUACUUGUGGUGGAUAGUGGCACAAGUCACACAAUACUUAGAGACAAAAGGUACUUCAUGAAUCUCACAAUGCAAAGUGCAAAGGUACACACCAUUGCGGGUGAGGCUAGCCUGAUUGAAGGUCACGGCCAGGCUUAUGUGUUGAUGCCUAAGGGCACUCACCUAGA